AUCAAAAAUGAAAGAUUUUGGGUUAUGGAGAGGAACAUGUCUAACCUCAAAUGGAACCCCAUCUCUCGAGUUCUUACUAUAGGUCUCCAUUUGGUUCAUACUGGAAAAGUUCCCGAUGGAUUGAUAAGAUGGAUCAUUCGUAGACUUUGUGAGUCACGACUAAAACAACUUGAAAGGAAGAAUGUGGAGUCGGACUAUGAAUAUAUUCAGCAAUUUAUUCAAGAAAUAAAAACUUAUCCAGUGGCAGUUUUGACCGAGAAAGCCAACGAACAACACUAUGAACUACCACCAGAAUUCUUCCAGUUGGUACUUGGAAGACACUUGAAAUAUUCAGGUUGUUAUUUUCCAAGUCCUUAUUGUAGUUUAGAGGAGGCAGAGAGAUAUACUUUGAAUCUCUAUUUGGAACGAGCAAAGAUAGAAAGUGGUCAAGAUAUUUUAGACUUGGGUUGUGGUUGGGGAUCCUUUACUUUAUUUGUAGCAGAGAAGUAUCCCACCUGUAAUAUUAUUGCUGUCAGUAAUUCUGCACUUCAACAAAAUUAUAUUGAAAGUAUUUGUCAACAAAAAGGCUUUCAGAAUGUGAAAGUUAUCAAAGCAGAUAUUUGCGAAUGGUAUACAAAACCUGAACAGUUUGAUCGAAUCGUAUCUGUAGAAAUGUUUGAGCAUAUGAAGAAUUAUCCACUUUUAUUAGAAAAAGUUGCCAAUUGGUUAAAACCGCAAGGAUUAUUGUUUCUUCAUAUAUUUUGUCAUCGUUUGUUUCCUUAUCAUUUUGAAAGUGAUGGAGAACUCAAUUGGAUGGGAAGAUAUUUCUUCAGUGGUGGAACGAUGCCGAGUGCUUCUUUAUUACUAUAUUUUCAAGAACAUCUUCAAGUUGUUCAGCAAUGGGCAAUGAAUGGAAAGCAUUAUGCGCAAACUAGUGAACAUUGGUUGCUUAGAAUGGAUAAUCAUAGAGAAGAAAUUAUGAAUAUUUUACAAAAGACUUAUCAAAAUUCUCAGGAAGCUCUGAAANGAUGGAAAUGAAUGGUUUGUUACACAUCUACUCUGGAAAAAGAAUUCGUC